AUGUCUUCGGGAACGCACACUGCCUACGCAUGGCUAGCGUAUUUUUUUGCCUUCAGUGGAAUCUUUGAAUUCUAUUUUGAUAUCCGCACUGGAAGUUUGAUAAGGUCGCGCGUCUUGUGCAUUUACACCAGACUCUUUUGCUUAAUUUCGCUUCUAGUCGUCUCUUAUAGGACGAUUGCGUUCAGUUCAUCGAAUGCGUAUUACCUUACUCGCUCGCACGUAAUGGCCCUCCUGCUGGCCGUUUAUCCGUACAUCAGGUGGCUGGGCUUCGUGAGCUGUGUUUACUGUGCGCAGCGUUGGCAGCAAAGGAUAUUUAAUAUGCUCCAGGCUCUGUUGAAGGUAGAGAGGUUCAUAGCCGAAUCUCACUAUUGCGUCACACCAUUGGAGAAGUCGCAUCUCCAACUGUUAUUCUGGCUCAGAUUGCUGCUGCAAGUCCCACGCACCGUAGCUUUCAUUAUAUACGCAUUCACUGCAGUCGAUGGCCUUUACAUUUUUGUAGGCGCUCUUGGCUCCAAAACUAUCGUAGACGAGCUGUAUUUCCUGACAUUCACUAUAAUCUGGCAAAUGUGCUACACCCUCAUGAAACUGCAGCGUUACAUAAAUCAGUUGUACGCCUCGCCGAUACCCAGAAAGUCAAAGAAGGAGCAGAAAAUGUUGGAAGUGCAUCGCAUGUACUAUAGACUCAUUCAAAUGACAAGGGACUAUUGCGAAGUUUUUAAAUAUCCGCUGGCCUGCAUGUUGCUGAUUCUAGUUUGCAUGAGCUGUGUGACUGGAUGCUCCUAUUACCGCUUGCUGGUCGGCAAUCACUCGGACAACAGCAAACCUCUCGGGGAAUGGAUCACGCUAUUGGUAAACAUCAACUAUUUCUUGGAGCUCUACCUUUUUGCUCUCAUCGCUAGCAUGAUUGGUAGAAUUCAUGAGUACACUUUGCAUGAGCUGCGCGCCUCCCUCUGCGAUUCGGAUCUAGUGGAGCGCAGUAGCGACUGGCUGGGCUUGCAGCUGGCCUUCCAAGAUACGAGCAUCAAAAUCUUUGGCUUAUUCAAGAUAAAUCUGCAACUGUUCAUUCCACUCGUAAGCGGCAUCGCCCUUCACAUAAUAUACAUCAUACAGUGUGACUACAACUAUAUGUAAUGCAAGUCCGGGCUGCCCAACUGGGAGACACUCUGCGACACCUUUGCGCAUCGAUAGAGAGCACGUACACUUACAUUUGUGCACGCACACACAUACAUACACACACUUAAAU